AUGGCCGACCUUUCGUCAACUGGCGGGAUCCCGGAGAUUGGCCAGUUGGUCGUUCCCACUAGCAGUCCUCCGGUGAUUGUCAUUGCCGAUAUAGUUGAUCCAUCGUCUCGUCCGGUCGUGAAAUCUCCCCCUGCUCGACUGAAUCCUAUUUCCUUCUUAAUCGCUGCUGCUCUUCAUGUUGUAUGCCGACCUUGCCUCCCCUCGCCUUGUGGUAUCAUGUCUGCUUCACGCAUUGCCAUCUGCACCGGCCGGAUAUCGGAGGGACGUGCGGCCGGCCGAGGCCAACUCAUCCCCCUGUCCAAACGACACCAGCGUGUCCCUCCUGAUCGUCCUUUAACCCCCCCCCUCGUCACCCUCUUCCAAGACUUCGCGAGAACAAUUGAAUGGAUCAAGGGACUCCUGGCCGUACCGUUUGUGUUGCAUUCGCAUCCCAUCGCUCUCACGCAAGAAUCCAGCGAGCGGCUCAAUUCGGUCGCCGCAGAUACGCACCAGCGCUAUGCGGAGAUCAUGCGCGAUGUUGAGAACUUGAUCCUGGAUCACAAUCGACAUCCUCGUCGACCCCUCGCCGCAGUCGAUCACCAUGACCGUGACGCACCGGGCAAGUCCAAGCUCAAGCUACUGGUACCUACAGUGGGAACUUUCUUCACGCGUCUGCAUCUGGAAGAGGCCUUCAAGUAUCAAGAUCAGCGACGAUUCAUCAGCCGACGCCGCUUCGUCGCCCCUUCUUUCAACGACAUCCGACUCAUCCUCAACUCCGCCCAAUUACAGGGUCUCGUCCGUGCCAGCGAGGUGCAACUGGUCACUUUUGACGGAGAUGUCACCCUGUAUGACGACGGUGCUUGCCUCACGCCCGAGAACCCAGUCAUCCCGCGCAUACUGCGUCUUCUCCAGCAGGGGCGGAAAGUCGGCAUCGUCACGGCGGCCGGGUAUGAAGAGGCUCCCAAGUAUUAUGGCCGUUUGCACGGUCUGCUCGACGCCAUCCACCAGUCAACCACCUUGACCCCGGCCCAGAAGCAGGGAAUUAUCGUCAUGGGCGGGGAGAGUAAUUUCCUCUUCCGUUUCGAUCCCGAUUCCGAGGUUCGCCUGACUUAUGUCCCGCGAGAGGAAUGGCUACUCGAUGAGAUGCGCACAUGGAACGAGAAAGAUAUCAAAGAGCUCCUUGAUCUGGCCGAAUCAGCACUGCGAGCCUGUGCCGCGAAUCUGAGUCUGCCCGCCGCGGUUUUGCGCAAGGACCGAGCCGUCGGAGUCUACCCCGUGAAUGGAGUUCGCAUUAACCGUGAACAAUUGGAGGAAACCGUCCUGGUGGUGCAAAAUACAGUCGAGAGGUCGGCGGUCGGUGCUCGACUUCCAUUCUGUGCAUUCAACGGUGGCAACGACGUCUUCGUCGACAUUGGCGAUAAGUCGUGGGGUGUCCGGGCUUGUCAACGAUACUUUGGUGGCAUUGAUCCCUCCAAGACCCUUCAUAUUGGCGAUCAAUUCUUGUCGGCAGGUGCCAAUGAUUUCAAGGCUCGGCUGGCUUCUACAACGGCUUGGAUUGCCAGUCCAGCCGAGACCGUCGACCUCUUGGAUGAAUUGGAGGGCGCCGUGAAUCCCUCCACAUGA